UAUUUUGAAUGAGAAUGUCAGUUAAAACAAACUUUGGAAAUGUUCUUGCCAUUAUCUCAUAUAUUAUUUUAGUCGAGUCGGUGACUUACUACUUAUUUCACCGGUAGGUGUACAGUGGAUUCAUGUAAGUUAUGAAUAUCCUGUAUUAAGGAAGAUCAAGUGCUAACUUGCUUGAACACUCUGUGACCCAUUCAGAUGGAACUCAGUGUAGCAAGAGACCGACUCAACCAAAAAAUAUACUAUUAAUCUCAACUACGUAUCAUCACAUGCGGGACAGGUAUGAAGAAAAAUACCAUUCAAUGUACACUGUUUGAAAGCUUUUCUUCUCUACAAGAUGGAAUGAUGGAUUCUUGCGCAGCAAAGAAGAAGAGUAUGCAGUGGGUGUCUUCUGCAUUUGACAGUGGUAGUGAGCAGAAUGAAACACAAAAUAUAUCCAAUAGCAAAGCAUUAAAAAGGAGUUUGAGUUGUGCUUUUAGUAACAAGUCAAAAUGUAAACCGCCCAGUUACAGUAACUGUAAAGCUUCUGGAAUUCGUCAGAAAGAAAAUUCAUUUGAAGAACUCUGGGUGGAUAAGCAUUUCCCGUCAUCUAUGGAAGAACUUGCUGUUCACAAAAGGAAAGUUCAAGAGCUGGAAACCUGGAUGAAGAAUACUCUAAAUUCUAAGAAGCCAGCUCCUGUGUUAUUACUGACUGGACCUUCAGGUGUUGGGAAAACAACAACUCUCAAAGUCCUUGCAAAAAUGUUCAAAUAUGAUGUCCAGGAGUGGACCAACCCAUUGACGUCUACUUUUGAGACUUUCUCUGAUACGUGGAACGCACAAGUAGAUGGCUCUCACUAUGAAUCUCAGGUGAGCCUCUUCAAGGAAUUCCUUUUGCGUGCAAGUAAAUACAAACAGUUGGACCUUCUUGGCUGUGAGCAGUUUCAGAAAAAGAUUAUCCUUGUUGAGGAUUACCCCAAUGUAUUUUUCCAGAAUCCUACUAGUUUCCAAUCUAUUAUUCAAAAAUAUAUUUCUACUGGGCUGAAUCCACUGGUGUUUAUAAUAAGUGAUUCUGCAAGUAGCAGCCACAAUGAAAGACUUUUGUUUCCAAGUGAAUUCCAGCACAGUAUUGGCAUGAGUCACAUAAGUUUCAACCCUGUAGCACUUACUAUUCUUACCAAAGUCCUCACCAAAAUUGCCUUAAAAGAAUCUGUAAAGAGUACCAACAAGAUAAGUAUGCCAUCAAAAACGGUUCUGGAGUCUAUAGCUUUAUCCAGUAAUGGUGACAUUAGAGGAGCUGUCAAUGCAUUGCAGUUUUCUUGUUUAAAAGAUACUUCUGAUCUCAUUGGUACUUUCUCCCGGAAACACAAGCAGAGGUCAAAGUCCACAUCACAACUUAAACAGAAACACACCACCACAAGUACAGAUUCUUCACCUGGUGAUGUCCAAUCUAUGCCUUGUAUUGGUGGCAAAGAUGGAUCCUUAUUUCUUUUCCGUGCUUUAGGAAAAAUACUUUAUUGUAAACGUGAAACAGACUCUUCCCUAAGCAAACAGUCUUUGUUACCUGCUCAUUUAGCUCAUCAUGAAAGGCUACCAUUACUUGAAAUACCCGAAGAAGUAGUCGAUAAAUCUCACAUGUCUGGAGAGCUGUUCACCACUUUCCUCGAACAGAACUACAUUAAUUUCUUCCACAGUAUUGAAGAUAUUGAGUGUGCAAGUGAAUACUUAAGUGAUGCUGAUAUUUUCACACUUGAUUGGUCUGUCAGAAGUACCUUACAGGACUAUGCUGUAUCUAUAGCAACCCGAGGUAUCAUGCAUAGCAAUACAUUAGAUAAAACCAAAAGCUCAGAUAACCGAAUGAGUUUCAGACCUUUACACAAACCCGAACUGUAUUCGGUCCGAAGAAAGUUCAGGGACCGGUACCAAGCAAGUAAAGAUAUUUUUAGUUUUCCUAUUCUUGGUGCUUCCAAUGAGGUCCUACUCACAGAAAUUGUUCCCUACAUGAAGUUAACUAAUGUUACAAUGCAUUCACCUAGACAAAUAUCAUUUGUAAAUGACAUCUGUACCUUUCCAAAGUUUCACUCAAGGUGGUCAAAUUUAGAAAGAUUAGAAGAUGGUGAUGUUUCUUGUAUGAAGAGUUUAUUGAAUACUUCAGACUCCAAAGAAUCUAGUCUGAGCAACAGCCAGUCAUCAGAUAACACUGUGACAUCAGACACUGAAGAAAUUGUUAUAGAGGAAUUUGACGACUGAGUGGUGUCCCCCAACUUCCUUUCUUUUUUUUUUUUCUGAUCAUCUUUCAUCUCUCUAUAAUUUAAGAAAUACACA